AUGGCUAGCAUCCUUGCACGUGUGGGUAACAGCCGGCGGCAGAACGCAGCCUUGCCGCCUUGGGCCCAUUCCAUGCUGAGGUCCCUGGGGAGGAGUCUUGGUCCUUUGAUGGCCAACAUGGCAGAGAGAAACAUGAAGUUAUUCUCUGGGAGGGCAGUGCCAGCCCAGGGGGAAGAAACUUUUGAAAACUGGUUGAUUCAAGUCAAGGGGGUCUUGCCAAAUUGGAAUAUGUCAGAGGAGGAAAAGCUGAAACGCCUGAUGAAAACCCUCAGGGGCCCUGCAAGGGAGGUCAUGCGUUUGCUUCAGGCUGCCAACCCCAACCUAAGUGUGGCUGAUUUUUUGAGGGCAAUGAAACUGGUAUUUGGGGAGUCUGAGAGCAGCGUGACCGCCCAUGGUAAAUUUGUUAACACCCUGCAAGCGCAGGGGGAGAAAGCCUCCCUUUAUGUGAUCCGUUUGGAGGUGCAGCUCCAGAACGCUAUUCAGGCAGGCGUCCUAGCUGAGAGAGAUGCGAACCAGACUCGCCUGAACCAGCUCCUUGUAGGGGCUGAGCUGAGUAGGGACCUGCGCUGCAGGCUAAAGGGUCUUCUCAGGAUGUAUGCAAAUGAGCAGGAGCGCCUUCCCAAUUUCCUGGAUUUAAUCAGGAUGGUAAGGGAGGAAGAGGAUUGGGAUGAUGCCUUUACUAAACGGAAGCGGCCCAAAAGAUCUGAACCAAUAAUGGAACGAGCAGACAGCCCUGUGGCGUUUCAGGGGUCCCCGCCUAGAGCAAGUAGCAGUGCUGACUGCAAUGUGAUAGAGAUAGAUGAUACCCUGGAUGACUCGGAUGAGGAUGUGAUUCUGGUGGAGUCUGAGGACCCGCCACUCUCACCCUCGGGUGCCCCACCUCUCAGAAGCAGGGCCACAUUUGGGGACCAAGUGCUGGUCAUUGAUUCCCCUGACAAUUCCCGGGCUCAGUCUCCUUCCACCAGCCGUGGCUUGGGGCGGAAGAAUAAUGGUUCUGGGGAUGUUCGUAGAUCCAGGAAGCGAAAACAUGCAAAUGGCUGUUCUCAUUGUGGCCAGGAGGGCCAUUCAAAAGAAACCUGUGACAAUGAGAGUGACAAGGCCCAGGUUUUUGAGAAUCUGAUCAUCACCCUGAAGGAGCUGACACAUACACAGGAGGAGAGGCCAAGAGAGGCACCUGGGGAACCCAGUGAGCCCUCUGAGCUACAGUAAGGCGCCCACUCUCAGCCUUAAAU